GUCACCUGUGAUUUCAAGGUAGAGCUCGAUGAAAUCCUGCACCGCCCCGUUUUACCUGUAAACGUGAAAGGCGAGGUUUCAGGAAGUUAAGCAUACACUAGAGCCUAAAGCAAACAACAAAAUAGUAGCCUAGCAUAUAACAUAAUGUCAACGUGUUGAACUUCUCUUUUCACUUAUAUCAGAAUUUUUGUUAAUACACACGAUGAACGAGUUGAAACUGCUCAGGACAGCGUGUUGCUUAAUCAGCCUAGUUCUACAUGUCGAGUUUGUGGCCUCUGCGAGUGCGAGACGAGAAAGUCACACGCUGACAUUAACUGUUGACCCUGGCACUGUGGUCAACAUUAACCGAACCAGUGCUGAUGGGCCCCAGUGCACUGUGUGCGUUGUUGAGGCCGGCCAGUCGUGUCAGCCCGAGGCUGUGCUGACCAACCCAGGCCCAGUCUCGGUCACCUUUGGCUGCAGUGCGCCAUGGGAAAUCUUCACUGUGGAGAUUGUGAAAAAGUUAGAAUGCAAGAAAGAGCCCUGUCAGCAUACCGUCACGGCCAAGGUUUCAGACUCUCUCCUGAGAUUCAACCGAACGCUCCACUGGUGCCUGCGUGCUCCGGUCAGGAUGACCUUCCAUGUGGCCUUUGGUAAGAUCGGCCUGGCGCAGAUCCAGCCCCGUCACACGUGUCCCGACGAACACACCUACGACCUGGUGGCCCUGGAGACCACCAAAAACGUCCACCUGGGCUCCUUCUGCGCAAACGGCACCGUCACAGGGGUGCAGAUCCUCAACGGGGGGAAGGUGGUGCUGACCGUGCCGGGCGGGAAGAAAAUGGAGCCUCGCGUUUUCGACGUCUACUGGGGAGAGGACAUCAAAACGCUGGCGGUGGUCAACGUGAAGCUCCCCAGGGGCCAGUCAUCCCAGGAGUUCUUCUCGGCCAACUAUCCUUCCAGUUUCCCAGACGACGACCUCAUGACCUGGAACUUCAGCGUGCCGCGCCACCACGACUCCACGGUCAAGUUCCUGGACUACUCGGUGCCGCACUGCCGCAAGAAGGUGCCGGAGGUGGGGUACGAGCGGGGAGGCGAGCGCAGGGUGCUCAUGCUCUCACAGCCACAGCUGACAGGGGAGCGGUACCCCUUCGAGCUCACGCUCAGGAACUGCGAGAUGGACAUAAAGCGCUCCCGGGCCGACGCCAUGGGACUUACACUGCACUUCAGGGUGUCUGCCAUCAGGACAGGGAGUGAAGUAUUGUGCCCGGUGGACUUCACCAAGGAGGACAGCCUGACUCUGCACGUUGCCAAAACAGCCAGCGACUCCACCUGUAAACUGAAGCAGGAGGGCGUCAUUAAAGACAGCUUGACCCUGCUCCCAGGCAAGAAGUCCACCCUGUCCUUCAAGGACUGCGCAGAGGAGAACCUGCUGGUGACUGUCAAUAAAACCAUCACAUUCCGGGACACUUUGCUGCCAGCGUUUGCUGCAUGCGAAUCUGAAAAUCUGGCGAACUGCCCUACUCGCCCGGUUCCUCUGACGGUUCCUGCCUUGGAGAGAUGCUUGCCCGAGUCCCUGAAGACCAUCCACUGGAACCUGCAGGCUCCGGAAGAUGGAACCGUGGAACUGUGGGCCUUCUCUGGAACUCUACGCCAGUCUCUGCCGGGACAAGAGUGCAAUGGAAGUGUUGAGUUCCGGGUUGCCGAGGGCGAUGGCACAGAAAUCGGAGAGUUCUGCACCUCAGGCACCAUCUCUGAGAUACAGAUCAACAGCAACGUGACUGUCACUGCCACUCCCAGGAAUGACCCUUUCCUCAGCGAGACCUUCCAGACCUUUUUCAAGGUCUCCUUCACCAAGGACAUCAGAGAGACGUAUAUCUUCUGGGUAAACCUGAAGAAGAAUGCACCCUCCCGCUUGCUGGCUUCCCCCGGCUGGCCCGCCGGCAUGAAGCCUGACGCCACCGCCUCCUGGAUCACCCAGGUUCCCGCCAAGACUGAUGCUGAGAUGAUCUUAACCAAAGUCACGCAGCCCAAGUGCCAGGACGGCCACACCAUCAUGCAGGUGCAGACGAAGGAGUCUCAGGAGAGUCUGUACAGCAGGCGGGAGGAUGAGGAGGGGGAGAGCGAGAUCACCGUCCACGAGAGCUUCUACCUCAACAUGUCCAACUGCCAGCCCGAGACGGGACACUUCAGUGCCAUGUGGGAGACCAAGCUGGCCAGACAGAAAAGGCUUCUCCUGCCCAUCAUCCUGGGUGUGGUUGGGGCUCUGCUCCUGGGGACCAUCAUCGCUCUGGUGGUCGUCUGUGUGGUCGUCAGGAAGAAGAAACAAGAGAUGGCUGAGGACGCGGCGGCACAGCGAGGCGUGUACAACCCCAACGGCCACAUGUUCCUGCCGGGUCUGCAUGGGCCGCCCAAGACGGUGGAGGACGAUGAAGACGCGCACAUCUACGACUACAUCGAGGACACGCUGGUCUAUGGACACCUCCUGCAGGACAACGACGACAACACCGACCGCUACGGAGAGCCCAUCGCCAUGGACACCUACAAGCCGUCCAACGGGAACUCUGAGACCACGCCCCUCAAAGAGAAGGAAGCCAAUGGGGAUGGAGGAGGAGAGGCGGAGGUGGGCGUGUACAGGCCGUUUGUUCCUCUCUCUGAGGGCAUUACCACUACCACCACUACUACUCAGGAGGACAAGAAGUUGAAUACAGGCAAGAGUGAGGAGGUCUUGGGAGGAGGAGAGGGGAGGAGAAGUCCAGAGCCCCUCUCGCCCUGCUCAGAAGCCCUGCAGGUCCAGCAAGUGCCUGUGGAUGUGUGAGUCAGUCAGUAAAUCAGCAUUGGAAUGACAUGUCUGUACGGAUAGAUGACGAUGGGCUGACUGAGAGGACCAUGGAGCUAUGAGUAGGGGAUGAAUGGGACGUGUCUCCCCCUUGCCCCAGAUUUCCAAUCAUCUCUCUUUCUCUUUGCUCGCUCUGUCUCAUUUUCUCUCUCUCUAUCUCUCUCUCUCUCUCUCUCUCUCUCUUUGGGGGCUCCAUACUGUAUCAUGCCACGUCAUGUUUGGAACUGCCCCUGAGCAGGAAAUGACUUUGGAAACGUGAGCCAGGUACUGCACAAGCCCGGGCCUGACAUCCGAAGACUCCUGCUCGUUGGUCUUUGCCUUAUAAGAAAUUGGGGAGAUUUUUGUGCUUCACUACUAUUGCCAAGGAAAGCUUUCCAAGAAACGGUAGCGUGCCGGACACUGGGCCAAAUAAAGGAGAUUAAGCCAAAUCACAUCCAUGUUAAGGAGUUAGUGCCACAAAUUUCCAAAGACAUAUUUUUUCUACAUUUACAACGGCAAUGUUUUUGGUAGCUGUCAUUUAUUUUGAUAUCUAUUUUUUUUACUUUCAUACUUUACUUCAUACCCAAGUAACAGAGGGACUUUCCGACAUUUAAAGGUGUACUGUGUAGGAUGGUGGCCAGAGUAAGUAUUGUAACUAUUCUGCUCAUGAAUAUUUACCAAGUAAUAAAAUAAUAUUUACUUGUUUGACCAAAGAUCAGAACGUUUGGCAGCUAAACAUGUAUAUUUUUGGACAUUCAAAAUGGUGGACAUGGAGAAGAUCCCCCUUUUCACGUAUGAAAAGUGCCAUUUUCCUAGCCAUAAUGAAUACUUCGAAUUUGAUGGUGGUGGUAAGCAUUCAUGAAAUUGGUAAUAGCAUGAGUUCUGGAAAUAAACUGCUAAAAAUGCACUGUGCACCUUUAAGGAAAUGCCCCCUCCUCUUUUACAAGUAUAGGCUAGCAAACAUUCCCAAGUUCCUAGGUAGGUUGCAGGUCUUUUCCUCACUUGCAACAUUUGAGCAAUUCUGUUGGUGUCAGGGGUGUGAGGUUGUUCUGCGUUGAGAAUUGGGUUGGAGUUCAAGGUCAAUCAAGAGGGACCACACAGCCAAACAAUUCACCUUUCCCAACUUGUGUAAUAUUAUCAUUUCUAUGACAGAGAGUCAAUCAACCUGCAGGUGUUGCAUUCUUCCCAGCAUGUGUAAUACUACUGUGACUACUGUGUGAGCCGCAUAUUUAGUCAGAUAAUAUAAAACAAGGCUCUGCCUGUCACACCUCAGAGUUCUCUUUGAACCGAUUAGUCAUAGGUUCUCAAUCUCUCUCUCCCUCUCUCUCUCUUGCUCUCUCUUUCUCUUGCUCUCUCUCUCUGUCAUACUCAUAUAAGCUCAGUGUCAACUGACUUUGCCAACCCACACAUUCAGAAUGUGUUUCUUUCAUUGUCCAUUUUCCUGGAAACUUGUUUCACAAUAAGCAGUGAAAAUGAACUUUUAACUGUGACACACUCCAUUUAUCAAGGUAAAUAAGGUGUGUGUGCGUGUGUGUGCGUGUGUGUGCGUGUGUGUGUGUGUGUGUGUGUGUGUGUGUGUGUGUGUAUAUGUGACGCCAGAUAUGAGGUCAGAUGGGAACAGCAGCUGCAUCGUGAUGAUGCCCGUACCAGACUAUGUGGCGUCCUGUUCAUGCCUUGUGCAGAGUUAAGCCAAUAGUUCUGAAAGUGGGGCUCGGGGACCCCUGGGCCUCCAUGACGCAUUGCCAGGGUGUCCGGGAAACAGUUUGUUACACUGCUACAGCAUCAGGCCCGCAUUUAACAAAACUAGCUUUUUUUUUUUAAACUUUUUUUUUUUACAAUUUUAGUAACUGGUUGGAAAAUGUUCUGCUGUAAUAGGGGUCCCCAGGCCAGAAGAAUGCGAUGAGGGUAUGUCUGAGGAUAUUGACACAGUGCAGGAUGUCUCCUCUUUCACAAUAUGGACUUAAGCUUGGAACAUUGCCGUAAUUGGGUGAUUUUGUUUUAUUAUUUAUGGAGGUUGUAGUUUUUGUUUUAGUCAUUUGUUGUAGAGUAUACUUGUUUUCUUUUUAAAUUUGGUUUGUUUUAGUAACUGUUUUAUAUCUUCGUUGCUUUACUUUAAGGAGGUUUGUUUCAUAUCUCUUUGUUUCAGGGAGUUUUUUUCUUGAGUUUACUGCACUGCUGGGAAAUGUUUUAUAGUAUACUAUAAUCAUUAUUGACACUGUGAUUUGACUGAAAUGCACAAGGCCAAAUAUGAGGUCCACCUAGGCUUUUUUAAAAUAACUUUCUUCCUGUAAGGAAAUGUCUGUAUAUAUUGAACCAAAAUAAAUAUUCCUUGCAGUGAUGU